AUGGAGAGCAGGAAGGAAGACAGAGUUCCUGCACCUGGGAUGGAGCCAGCUGUUCUGACUGACUGGGAGUUUCUGGUUGAGAGUGGUUCUGCAGUACUGCCCUCCAAUUCACCAAACGUUCGUAGAUCUAAUAGAAUACGUUUGAAACCUCUUGAAUAUUGGCGAGGGGAACGAAUAGAUUAUCAACAAAGUUCAUCAGGACGACUUGUGCUUGAAAUACUAUCCCCAGCUUCAGAAUCAGCAAAAAUAAGGGCAAAAAGAAACCUGGGCAAAGUCAACAAAAAAGUUAACAAGAAACGGAUCCAUCUUGAUAAUGAUAAAAAGAAUAAGAUAGAGUUGAGCCUGGAUAUACCUCUGGGAGAUCCCUUUCAGGCAACAUUGGCAAAGGACCCCAAAACAAGAGAGAUUGUCCCCAUGGAUCUUAUAAGGCCACGAGAUACAUACCAGUUUUUUGUUGAGCAAUAUGGUUUGAAAGUUUUUAAAACAUUGGAUACAACAUUUUUUUCUACUGGAAAAUUGGUUUUAGGACCAUAUGAAGAAAAAGGAAAGCAGCAUGUUGGCCAAGAUAUAUUGGUGAGCAUACUUCUCCACUUAUUUCUGUUUCUCUGGUGAUACAUUAAAAUUCUA